AUGGGUCAGCGGGUUUGCGAUCAGCAGGGGAUCGCGCGCAAGCCCCAUAUCUGCUGCGUGCCCGCUCCGAGCGCUCCCAAUUUGUGCAAAGGAAGCUCCCGGUUAGGGAAGGCCCAGCCCAAGAAGCCAUGCCCCUCUGCGGGAUUGCGCAGAGAAGACGCCGCCGCCGCAAGUGGAGGAGAAGGAUGGAGCAAGGCCCCUGAAACUGCCGCCGAUGACUCGCUAAUCAAGACCGGCAAAGGACCCUGCGCAAGCGAGCCGGUCUCGGCCAGGGAGACGAGCAAGAGCGCCGCUUCCGACGUGAACCUGGACCCGGAGGAGCGACAGCGCCACUCCCGUUUGCGCACAGCGUUCACCAUAGAGCAGAUCCGCGGGUUGGAGAGCACCUUCCGGCGGCAAACCUAUCUGAAGCAUUGGGAAAGGCAAGGCUUGGCCGCGGAGCUGCAGCUGACGGAUGAGCAGGUUAAAAACUGGUUCCAGAAUCGCAGGAUGAAACUUAAGCGACAUCUGCAAGACUAUCGCCGAGGUAUCCGGCCUUCAUCUUCCAGCUGUCUAUUAUGUCAGCCCAGGAUCCCAGGCAGCCUGCCUGAUGAGUUUGCCAUGUAUUCUUCCCAAAGCAUUCUACCUUAUAUGCCAAAUCCUGCUUUGUGGCCCAAUCCUCCUGGCUGCAAGUAUCUGCCCUUCCAAAAUCCACCUUAUCCAUUUCCAUUACCAGGUCUGCCUUAUCACUUUCCAACCCAGUUCUUGGGAAAUUCAACUGAAGAGUACAAGAUGGAUUCCAAGAAAACUUUUCCUACUCCUGCAUUAGGAUAUGGGAUGGUGUAG